GUCAGGCCCGUGCCCAACAAAAAUAGACAGGGCAUACAUUUGGGCUUGCGGCCGCGAUGAGAAGCGAUGGCUAGCGGCCAAUUGAAUCGAGGCGGACCGCAAGACUCCCGACCAAGAACAAUGCGCAUUCUUCAUUGUUCGUUCAAUUGAGCAACGUGCUCUGGGUAAUUUUGCACUCGAAAUAAGAUAGACGCAGCUAACAUGAACCAGUCGGGGGUCCACAAAAAGAAGCCAAGGAUUCGGAAUCGCCAGCGCAACAAGAUCAACCAGGUGCAGCAGGAUCAGGGGGAAUCUCCAGAUAAAAGUGCUCCACUCGAAAGUAAUGGCUCAAAAGCGGCAACUUCUAUAGAAAGUAAAUCUCCGGUGGAAAAUCCCUUACUUACAAGUGGAAACCCUCUGCUUGAAUCUUUAUCACAAAUUGGUCAAGUGGAAAAUCCGCAAGAGAACGAUACAAUUCGGCUGAUACAGCAACUGUUACGUAGGAAAUUAUUGGCCAAAAAUAGUGCUGUGCCAUCCAGUGAAAAUAAGGCAUCAACUGAUCCGGUCAAAAUAGUUACCCAACCAAAGGAAAUCAAAAGUGAAGAGAAGAAACCAAAGAUUUCGAGUGCUUCGGUGACUCCAAAAGUCAAAACAGAAGCCAAGGCAUCUGGAAUUUCCAAAGAAGAGGAAAUAAAUGAUCUGCUCAAGUGCUUGGGCAGCAAAUUGCCAAAGGGAUCUGGUGAAUCCCCAGCAGCCGCUUUAUUCAGCAAUCUUGGAAAGCUUUUCAGCCAAGCGCCGCCCAGCGAUGUCGAGUCAUCCGAUGAGGAAGUGGAGGAGUAUGUGGAGUACAUCUAUAAGCCAAGGCAAUACUUUAUGGCCUCCCUGUGCAAUUUCUGCAAAUCAGAUCUGUGCGCCCAGAAUCGGAUACCCUGCUCCCGCUGUGGACUGAGCUACUACUGCAGCAGUGGGCACAUGAAAGAAGACCAGGAGCACCGCCAGCUAUGCUACGCCCUGCGCCAGACGGUGGACCGCAAUGGUCACGAGAUGUUCUACAAGUGCGGCGACUUCAGUGACGAACAGUUCCGUUCCUACCGGAUCGUGUGCAUUCGCCAGGUGGAGAAGGAGAUGAAUCGUCAGCUCAGCGCAACGGAGAGGGAGUUGCUCCUAUUCCCUCUGAUCUGUGCCGACUCAAAGUGCCGGGAGCAUCGCUUUAAACGUCUAUCCAUGUGCGGAGGAUGUGGCGAGUUGGCUUUCUGCAGGGAUAAGCCGGAGCACCGAGGCAAGGAGCACGCCAAGUGGUGUGGAGCCUACCAGAUUUUCAAGGCCUUCAUCAUGUUUCAGGAAAAGUUCGGCCGCAUGGAGCCAUCUCUGCCCAGAAAGAUUCUUAGAGAGCUGCCCAUGGCUUGCUCCAACACCAAGCAGGUGAUGAAGAAGCUAAGCUUUAAUGUUACCAACGAGUGUGAGUACGCAGCACUUACCCAGGUGUCCACUGGCCCAUUAACUGCCUGGUUUGCCCUGAAACUUUGCGAGCGCCUCAGAAACUGCGAGGAGAUGACUCUUCACUUAAUUGGAGCCGAGAUCGAAUUCGAGGCGGAUAUGCUGCAGAAAUGGGAACUCUUCCUGCUCCACAUAACGCCAGCGGUGAAAACUCUGAAUGUGGUCUUUGUUGGACCUGAACUUAAUCCUAACAAUAUAUCCUUUGAACAGCUAAAGAAAAUCAAAUGCUGCCGUUUCUGCAGAAAAGCCCAGAGAACGGUUAACUAUCUUUUUGAGAAUAGUUUAUAUCACGAUUACUGCAAAGAGGCGCACUUUCUUCAGCCGAAUUUGAUUUGCUUCUUUAACUGCGGUCUGUACCGAUCAACUGGUUUCGCUCUGGAGGAUACUUGGCCAGAUACCAUUCAAGCCGCACUUAAUCUCAACUGCCCCAUCGUAGUUACUUCCUAUACAAAAUACGAGGCCCCGUUGGAUAUGAUUCAAUUUAUCAACCAAUCGAAUCGGCAUUUCAAUGUCGUAAUGCCACCAACUGUAAAUCCGUUUUCCUCGGAAAAGCCAGAACGUAAUUUUAUAUCAGAUAAUGAAGCGCCUUUUAUGUAUAAGAACUUUUACUGUUUUGUUGUUGACUAAUCGUAGAUCCACAGUUUAGUUUUUUAAUAAACACCAAUAUGGAACCAUU